GUGGCCCGGCCGGAGGCGGCGUUGCUGGCGCCGCUGCGUGUGGUGUGGUGCGAAGCCAAGGUGCCGGGCGGCCGCGGUGCGGCGGGACCAUGGAGCUCGGAGUGCAACCCCGGCGCCGGCGUCCGCACGGCGGACCGCCUUUUUGAACAACUGCAUUUUAAGUGUGUCCUAUACAAACUGCAUAGAGGUACACUUUGCUCUUUAAGCAAGUUUGAAAUCUUCACAUAGGCAAGUUUUAAUUUUGAUUUGCUGUUACUACUGAUAUCUGAGCCAAAGUGGUGAUGCUGCCUGAGGGAAAUUUCUACAUCCCUAAGUCAACACUGACACGAUUUUGAGCCAUGCCUUUAGUGAAGAGGAACAUCGAACCCCGGCAUCUGUGCCGGGGUGCCCUGCCCGAAGGGAUUACCAGCGAACUUGAAUGUGUAACCAACAGUACCCUUGCUGCUAUUAUACGCCAGUUAAGCAGUCUGAGCAAACAUGCUGAAGACAUAUUUGGUGAGCUGUUUAAUGAGGCUAACAACUUUUACAUCAGAGCAAACUCUCUUCAAGACAGAAUUGAUCGCCUUGCUGUCAAAGUUACCCAACUGGAUUCAACAGUGGAAGAGGUGUCACUACAGGAUAUCAACAUGAAAAAAGCUUUCAAAAGUUCCACAGUCCAGGACCAGCAAGUGGUUUCGAAGAACAGCAUCCCCAACCCUGUUGCGGACAUCUACAACCAGAGCGAUAAGCCACCUCCUCUGAACAUUCUGACACCGUACAGAGAUGAUAAAAAGGACGGACUGAAGUUCUAUACUGAUCCUUCCUAUUUCUUUGACCUCUGGAAAGAAAAAAUGCUACAGGACACAGAAGACAAAAGGAAAGAGAAAAGGCGACAAAAGGAGCAAAAGCGUAUAGAUGGCACCACCCGUGAGGUGAAAAAGGUUAGAAAAGCCAGGAACAGGCGCCAGGAGUGGAAUAUGAUGGCGUAUGACAAAGAGCUCAGACCCGACAACAGGUUGUCUCAGAGUGUGUACCAUGGAGCAUCUUCCGAGGGAUCCCUGUCCCCAGACACUAGGUCUCACGCGUCGGAUGUCACAGAUUACUCUUACCCGGCCACUCCCAACCAUUCUCUUCACCCGCAGCCUGUCACCCCUUCCUACGCAGCGGGUGAUGUGCCGCCCCAUGGGCCAGCUGGCCAGGCCCCCGAGCACGAGUACCGACCUCCCUCUGCCUCGGCCAGGCACAUGGCCCUGAAUAGACCUCAGCAGCCGCCUCCGCCACCCCCAGCACAGGCUGCAGAGGGGCCCCAGGCCUCGGCGCCCGCGGCUCCAGCGGACUACGGGAUGCUCCCAGCCCAGAUCAUCGAAUAUUACAGCCCCUCAGGACCUCCUCCUCCCCCACCGCCCCCCAUGAUCCCUUCAGCACAAACCGCCUUUGUCAGUCCACUCCAGAUUCCCGUGCAGCCCUCCUUCCCAGCAUCAGCUGGGUCCUCCUACCCAGCACCUCCUCAUCCACCCUCCACAGGGCUGGUGGCCACGGCCCCACCUCCCCCGGGACCCCCACCUCCCCCGCCAGGCCCUCCUGGCCCAGGCUCUUCUCUCUCAUCUUCCCCCAUGCACGGCCCUCCAGUAGCUGAGGCAAAGAGACAAGAAACUGCACAGCCACCCGUAAGCGAUGCUCGCAGUGAUCUUCUUGCUGCUAUUCGAAUGGGAAUUCAGCUGAAAAAGGUGCAGGAGCAGCGUGAACAAGAGGCCAAGCGCGAGCCCGUGGGGAACGACGUGGCCACGAUCCUGUCCAGGCGCAUUGCCGUGGAGUACAGCGACUCUGACGAUGACUCCGAGUUCGACGAGAACGACUGGUCUGACUGAGGCGGGUCGCCGGGCGGCACGGGGCCGUGUGGGGAGGUGUAUUGGAAAUGUUAAGUGUUCUCAACACCCAAAUAGUGGUAUUAUAAUCCUGUAGCUUAGCGACUUUUGUAUUAAUAACGUGAUACUGCUUUUGCACAUCCAAAAAUUCUGGGUUCCUUAAGCAUUUACUGUGUAAUACUUAAGUGCCACUAAAUAUAGCAAAUCGUGCUGCACAUGAGGAACACGCUGUAACUAUUGCAUUGUCCUGAAAACAGCAGUUGGCUUCCUUUUCCUUGGUUAUGCAAGUGUUUAGUGCAGUUUGGGUUUACUCGUACCUUGUAAUCCUGCAGACUUGCUGUGUGUUCGUGGCGCUGCUUGGCCUUGGGCCCUGGCAAGGCCAAUGACUGUGCAUCACAGUGACGUCUUCCAAUCAGUACGUGAUACUGUUUCAGCUUUGUGUGUGUGUGUCUCCGAAACUGGUUCUAGAGAGAAAGAUUUAAUAAGUAAGGAGAAUCCAAUGCUUCUGCUUUCGUUUUCUUGGCGUGGUAGACUCCGUGAAUUUGAAUGUUCUGUUGAAUAAUGUCACUGCCUUUGCACGCUCUUAUAAAAUGUGAAAUUGGAAGGGCCCUUUCCAGGCAGGAUUCCCAGUGGGCAUUCACUUCGUCAAUGCUUGUUGAUGAUUUCUGUACGAGGUAAACAGCUCAGUAGUGAUAAAAGUGAGGAACAGGGUCCUUUUCCCUUCAGCUUGGGCACCAGCCCUGCAGAGCAGGGCGAACGGUCUGGAAACUGCGGGCAGAGUCGGGCAGAGCUGCCGAGUGUGGGCUCUGCUCGCAAAGGAGACCUCCCUUCCCGGAGCCCUGUCCUGAGUGAGGCCGGGUGGAGUUCUUAGCUCCCUACGCUCCAGACAGCACCUGGCUCCACACGGUCUGAACUUGGAGCCUAGGUGCAGGUGACUAGAGGUGUUGCCAGCUCUUAGAUCGGGGCUCCAUCCCAGGGACGGGGCCUUCGCUCUGUCUUAGAAGCACACAGUUCUCUUUUCUCAGACUGUCAUCAGCACAUUACAUUUGAACAAGUACCUCAGAUUAGAUUAGACCUGUAGCUGUAGCAGAUUGCCUUCCUUUCCCCUUCACCCUUCCUUCUCCUCUUCCCACACGGUAAUGCGGAGACCCACAGGGUUCAUGUUCCUGGUGAAGGCAGACGUGGGGAAGCUCGUGGAUGAGAGCUUAUAUUUUAUAAUUUUGAGUGAAGGAUAACGGCUUGUCUGGAAUAAAUAGCACCCUAGGUUUUGAUUAUAAAUAGGACUGCACAAAUACACUAAGACACUUUACUUACCAAGGAGUUCUUAAGUAGGCCCAGCAUUUCAAACAGAUGGCAGGUACCAGUGAUACUCCAUCAUGAUGGAGGAAUCUUGAGCUAAAGACAGAGCUGUCUGGGUCGAUGGUAGGAAUGUACAGUAAACAGGACUGUGACAGAGCUGUGUGAAUGAGUUCGGAAAUGAACCCCCACCCCGUCCCCCCAGCAUGUCUGUGUGUCCCUGAGUGGACACUGGCUUGGCUUGUAUGUGGUCAUCAAUGCAGCCCGUACGUUGGGUUUAGUCACAUAGAUUUUGAAACUCUGAGAAGCCUCACAUCUGCAUCUUUUUUCCAAGGCCGUGAUUACACAGGCCGUCGAGCCCCUUCGGCCACCCCGGCGGUUUGCGCGCCUGCUGCUGGGGUCCCUGCCUCUCGGAGCCGGUCACCACUUGGCCGUCACUGUAGUUUUGUGCAAUAUAAUAAGCAGUAGUUAUUAAUGAGCCUUUAAAUUUCUCUCCUUUUUUUUUUAACGUAGAGGCCUACUCUGUUGGCAUUAUUCUUGGGGUUUUAUCAUUUUUAGUCUUAUUUUGUCUUUGUAACAAUAUUUUGCCUUGACUAGUAACAGUGCUUUGUGUUUUUGUUACUUUUGGAUUAGGAGUGACCUGCAGUUCUGGAGUCCGUGUUUGGUGACGCUCCUUUGUGUGUCGUGUCCCUCUGUUCUCAGGAUGGGGAGGGCACAUGAAGCUGCUACCGGUGUCAGCUUUCUUCUAUUUCUAUCUUACUGCCGUAAAAUCAGCGGCACUUUAUCAUGAAUAUUCAUAAGCCUAUUAGUUAUUAGUUUUCUUCCUGUAAUUUCAUCAACAAGUUAUUUUUCAGCUUCAUUUUCAGACUAGUGAAACACCUUGUGCCCUGAGCUGUUUCCUGUAGCAUCUAAAAGAAUGGAAAAAGACGAAAAUUCGAUUCCGAUCAUUUUUGGCAGUAUUUUUCUCAGCAAAUUUGAUUGAUUCUAAAAUUUAAGUUCAUACUUUUUCUAAUAUGGUAUUAUAUGAAAAAAGUGAUUAUGUUGAAUUUUCAGCUUUCAUUUUCAAAAAGGAUUUACCAAAACAAAUAGAGAAAAGCAUUUAAAAGCAUAUUUCAUAUCUAUGACUUUCACAUUUUAAAGUAGUUCUGUAUUAUCGUGAGGUUACUUUAAAUCGUCCCCAGUCUCUUCUUCCCACGUGCAUUUCACGUUGAUACCUUACCAGCUCUUUCACAGCACAGAGCAGGCUGCGGGCCCUGACUGCGCACUGUCACACGGCAGCAGCACAAACAUGGUGUAGCCGAUUUCCUUCUGUUCGCCUAAACCAAACCCUAAGAUUCCGUUCCCUUACAUGUUUCUUUAGUGAAACGUAUACUGUUAGAGAAUUAACAUGUUUAUUUCCGUGAAUUUGUAGACUCUCAAAGUCUUUUCUGAGUACCAAAUGGCCAGGUUGUGAAAGUUUUGUGAUAAUUUGCGACUGAAAUACGUGAUACAUUCUAACCCAUUAAGGACGUAGGGACGCGUCAGCCAGAGCACAGGUGCUUUUCGUUUCUGAACCCGAGUGUCUGCCAUCCUGCAGUAACACCGGUACUGAUGUGAACUGGAUUUAAAGCGGUAUUCAAAAACCUCCUGUCAAACAAUUUUUAUCUGUUUGUAUAUCUUACUAUAUAGAUUAUGUACAAGUAACAUCGAAAUAAAAUGACACU